AUGAAGCAGCGUGCUCAUGGUGAAGUUGCAAGGGUGGAGGAGGAGGUGUGCAAGUACAAGUACCCAGACAGGUGGAGUCAGCCAGGCUCCGCCUCGCGCACAAAGCAAGAUAUCAUGCCUCACUUCCUCAAGCUACUGGACCAUAGCAGACGCAACAGGCGAACUGUCGGUCUAGCGAACUCAGCGCUGCACGUACUGGAAAUCAGCAGCGGAUUUGGCGAACACAUUUGUCACUUUGCUCAUCAGUCUCAACUGCCUGAUGCGGCUUCCACAGCAGCGGUGCAUCAUGAUGCAAGCCGGCACACCACCUUUCAACCCACAGAGGCGGACGAGUACUUGUGUCAAAGCAUCGACAGGCUCGUCGAGCAAUCCCGCACCUCGAACAUCUUCCCAGCCAUUCAGUUGGAACUGACAAAUGCGACGGAAUGGGCUCAGUUGCGCAACGCCACGACACAAAGACGAAAGGGCGAGGCUGCCGAGACUGGUCUCGCAUUGUUCGAUAUAGUCCUGUGCUUCAACAUCAUCCACAUCGCUCCUUGGCAUGUAGCUGAAAGCAUCUUCGCUCAGCUCGGCCAGGAAAUCUCUUCCGACUCCGUGUCGUUCGGCUCGGGAACACAUCAGCAACCGAUGCCCAAGUCAUUCCUCGCACCCGGCGGACUUCUGGUUCUGUAUGGCGCGUUCAAGGAAAACGGCAAACACACGAGCGAAGGUAAUUCUCAGGUACGUCACGCCUCGUUGGCAUACACGAUCCGUGCAAAAAGCACUCGACCGAUGCUCUCGUCACCAUGAUGCCCCGAACGGCAGAUUGUCAACGAUUCGCUGCCGCAAGCUGACCCGAGCUCUCUACCCAACUCUGGCGUGCGCGUAGUUCGAUCAAGUGCUCAAAGGUCGGAAUACAGACUACGGUCUACGAGAUCUUACGCUCGAAGUUGUUCCGCUCGCCUCGUCCAAUGGCUUCGAGCUCAUUCAGACCACCUCCCUUCGUGCGGGCAAUGUGAGUCCAAACGAUCUCAGCAACAGACAUGCGAUCCAGGGCUCGGCCCAAGUUGACUAGUGGCAUCUCGUCGCUCAAUCUCCGCAUCGCAUCAAAAAGUUGCUUCUCGUCUUUCGCAAGAAGUUGGAAGAUGGUCGUGCCUACGCGACCAGAUGA